CUUUCAUUCUUUUGAUCUGUACUUCCACUUUUGAUUCACUAGCAUAGAUAGAUAGCGUUAGUAAGCAGCUCUGCAACUGAGAGCAGAGGUUGAGUGCGCGCGCACCUUUAUUACAGGAACGGGAUUGGGUACAGCUUUGCCUUCGAGUUCGACUACACCAGUCGUACAGUUCGUCAGCGUACAGUACAGUUAGGUAGCAAGCAUACCACAGUGCUGUCAGUUAGGUGAUCGUGGAUCGGUUCAGCUAUUGUUCAAGUGAAGCCUUAUAGUCUUAUUACUGGGUUAUAUGAAGUGUGGAAAUUAAGUUGAAAUUUUGUGUGGCUAUCUAAGGGUGUUUUUAAAGAAGUGACGAAGUGUGUGUUACAGUGAUUACCAAAAGGAGUUUCAGUUUUCUUUUUAGUUUAGUGACAGUGUUGUGUGACACCAGUGCAUUGUACUCACGGAGGGAAUGGUGUUCCUGUUGGACGAUUGGGGUAUGGGAGAUGAGCACCUCCUCAAUCAGCAUAAUGUGAACCAGUAUCACCUCUCGUUAGACCAUGCUGAUGACGAAGUUUCUCUCCUCCCUCUCAACAACCAGGUUGGAGGUCAUACUCGUUUGCUCCUGCUAGAUCAGGGCACCAUCUGUAAGCCUCUCAAUCCGCGAGAACUUGAAUUUUAUCAGAACAUUCCACUAGACAUUCAAAACUUUGUUCCUAAGUACAAAGGUGUGAUGCAAGGCACUGGCAGUGGGGCCGUGCAACGCUACAGUCCCAAUUUCCGAGAGGAGCAGAGCCGCCCGGCCAAGCGAAGACGAGAGGAUGUGCUCAGGUUGAAGGUGCAAGGUGGAGAAGUGCUCUCUACUGUCAAUUCCUCCCACUUAGACGCUAACAAUAAGCAAUACUUUCUUUUAUUGGAGAACAUAACAUGCCGCUACUCGCAGCCGUGCGUGUUGGACCUCAAGAUGGGUACGAGGCAGCACGGAGAUGACGCUAGUGCUGAGAAGAGGUACAAGCAGAUGGCCAAGUGCGCUGCCAGCACGUCAGCAUCCCUAGGUGUUAGGCUGUGUGGCAUGCAGGUAUACCAAGCUGACACCCAGCACUACCUUAAAAGGGACAAGUACUGGGGCAGAAGCCUGGACGAGCAAGGUUUCAAGGGUGCUCUCUAUCGGUUUUUCCACAACGGGUUCUACCUGCGGCAUGCUGUGGUGCGUCGCGUCAUAGCGCGGUUAGACCAGCUGCGGAGGGCUAUCGAGAAACAGUCCAGCUACCGUUUCUAUUCUUGUUCACUGCUGGUAGUGUACGAGGGCGAAAUGGCGACGGCAGCCGAUCUUAGCGAUGAGGAGAUGGACUCGGCAUCGCACCGGAGAGGGUUUGGCCAGGCAGCGGCUCGCGGCUUCUACCCCAUACCUGAAGACACUAUGGAUGUCUCCAGUAGCCUGUCGCCGACAGUGAGUCCUGCGUCCGAGGACAGCUGGACUCUGGGAGAGUUGUCGUCAUCGGAGGAGGCGUCAUCGUCGUCACUGUCAACGUUUGACCUGCUGACAGCGUCCACAUCGCACUCGACCAAGCGUCCCCGUGACUACCACACGGAGACCGAGGAAGAGGAUGAUGACGAUGACGUGUCACCACGCGUAAAACGUGCCGUGACUGAACCCACACAAGUCGACGUGCGUAUGAUUGACUUUGCGCAUACCACGUUCAGUAAGCGUCGCGGGUCGACCAGUGCAAGCACCCCGACGCUGCACCACGGACCGGAUUGUGGCUUCCUCACCGGCCUCGACAGUCUCAAGAGACUUCUGACAGAAAUUCUUUCUGAAGAAAAAGAUCUCUGAAUUUAUCUAAUUGUGAUAUCAAAGCUUUGUAGCCGUCUAUGUCAUAAACGGAUGGUUUAAAAUCCUUCAUUCUUGUCGUUAUCUUUGUUGUCUUAUUAUCUCGACAUAAAAUCUAUGUUUAGUUGAGUCACAGGAUUCUUAUUUUAUUUAUUUUAAAGUGACUUGAAUCGCUGUGACCUUGUUUUGAAUGAAUUCAGUGCAAAUCAAUUUUCCCAAACACAAGUUUGUGUAAAUCUUCAAAAAUAUAAUUUGAAAUACGAUAAUUUUGUAAAAUCUGUAUAUAGUUUAUCCUCUGUUAUUGAAAUCAGUGACAACAUAUUCUGACUGGUAACAUAUCUGUUUUUGUUUUUUCUAUAAAGAUAUUAAAGUUGAAAUAUAUUAGCAAGA